UAGACCAUCUCGUGCAUCUCCUUCUGCCCCCUGGUUAUCUGAAGUUCUCCGUGAGCAUCGCGCAUCUCUCAGGUCUGCUGAGAGAAAGUGGCGCAAAUCAAAAGAACCCACUGACCUCUCUCUCUACCAGUCUAUUCUCUCUUCCUUCUCUGCGGAUGUCUCCUCUGCGAAAACCCAAUACUACCACACUAAAAUCAACAACUCUCCUGACCCUCGUACUCUCUUUAAAACCUUUUCUGCUCUCCUCUGCCCGCCUUCCCCCUCACCUCCAUCGGACUUAACAGCUGACGAUUUCGCAUCGUUCUUUUUAAAGAAAACGAGCACCAUCAGCAAUCAAUUCUCUGCGCCACCGCCUCUUGACCACAGUCAAUCCCCUGACACAUGCUUGUUCCCCUCGUUCUCUCUCCUAUCUGAAGAGGAAGUUUCCAAGGUAAUUUCUUCCAAACACCCGACUACCUGCCCUCUAGAUCCCAUCCCCACACAUCUCCUCCAGGCCAUCUCUCCAUCGGUUGUUCCCUCUCUGACUCACAUUAUCAACUCGUCUCUCACCACUGGCACAUUUCCUACACUCUUCAAAGAGGCCCGUAUUACCCCACUACUAAAGAAGCCUACUCUUAAUCCUGCACUGUUAGAAAACUAUAGACCGGUAUCCCUACUCCCCUUCGCUGCUAAAACUCUAGAACGUGUUGUUUGUAACCAGCUCUCAUCUUUCCUCUCCCAGAACAACCUCCUGGACAGCAACCAGUCUGGGUUCAAGAGCGGUCAUUCCACUGAGACUGCGCUGCUCUCUGUUAUUGAAGCCCUGAGACUGGAAAGAGCCUCCUCUAACUCAUCUGUUCUUAUCCUACUGGAUCUAUCUGCCGCCUUUGACACCGUUAACCAUCACAUCCUCCUGUCCACCCUCAAGGCGAUGGGGGUCUCUGGAAUGGUGCUACAAUGGUUCAGGUCUUACCUCUCGGGAAACAUGGCUUUUCCUAUCACUGCUAUGCGGAUGAUACACAACUCUACAUGUCUUUUCGCCCUGACGAUCCGACUGUCUCUGCACGCAUCUCAGCUUGCCUAGCCGACAUCUCGCUCUGGAUGAACGCCCAUCACCUGCAGCUGAACCUUCCAAAAACAGAACUGCUUGUAAUCCCGGCUGACACGAAGACUCAUCACAACCUUUCCAUUCAACUGGGCUCAUCAACCAUCACACCUUCCAGAAAAGCAAGAAACCUGGGAGUGGUAAUCGAUGAUCAGCUCAACUUCACAGAUCAAGUUGCCAACACCGCCCGGUCCUGUAGAUUCAUCCUCUACAAUAUCAGAAAAAUUAGACCCUUCCUAUCAGAGCAUGCUACACAGAUCCUUGUCCAGGCUCUUGUCCUGGCCAGACUGGACUACUGCAAUGCACUACUGGGAGGACUUCCAGCUUGCACAAACAAACCUCUACAGAUGAUCCAGAAUGCUGCGGCAAGAGUUAUCUUUAAUGAACCAAAGAGAGCACACGUCACUCCUCUACUCAUUAAGCUACAUUGGCUUCCCGUAGUCGCUCGCAUCAAAUUCAAGACUCUGCUCCUGGCCUACAAGACCACUACUGGUUCGGCACCACCUUAUCUUAAAUCGCUAAUGCAGACAUAUGUACCCACCAGAUCCCUACGCUCUGCAAACGAACGACGUCUUGUGGUGCCAUCCCAUAAAGGUAAAAAAUCUCUCUCGCGCACCUUCUCCGGAUCUGUUCCACCUAUGUGGAAUGAUCUGCCCGCUGCUACAAGAUCUGCAGAUUCUGUAGCCAUCUUUAAGAAACGCCUGAAAACACAUCUCUUCCGCCAACAUCUGACUGAUCUGUUCUGACUCUUUUCUUCUCCACUCUUUUCUUCUCUACUCUUUUUCUUCUCUACUCAACUAAAAAAAAAAAAAAAAAAAAAAAAAAAAAAAUGUAUGAAUGAGUGAAUGGUUACGUAUACUGUGUUAGGCUAUAUGAGACUAGUCUUCAUUUUAAUUGCACUUAUGCUUUUGUUGUACUUAUGCUGUCCUAAUUGCUUCCAUUACCUACCCCACUUGUAAGUCGCUUUGGAUAAAAGCGUCUGCUAAAUGACUAAAUGUA